AUGGCGGCAUGGAAGGGCGCGACAGAAGAACAAACAAGUGAGGUAUUGGUUGCGCUGGACGAGAGCCGAAUGCGAAGAAUGUCUGAGGAGGACAACGAUCCUAUGCCAGAUGACCAACAAGAAGGGCUUCGGCGUCUUCCUCGUCUCAUGGACGUGGCCGCUAAGGAAAUGCAUGACGUUUCGGGAUGGUACUUUACGAUCUUGAGUGGUGGGCGUGGUGCGGCUGGUGUGGUCCAGACGGCGAGCUUUCAUCUCGGGCAAACAAGGAAUGGUGUUGAUUUCGAACACGCUUACAGCGAUUUCAACGAAGUUGUGAUGAAGCCAUGGACCUCGUUUGUCAGGAAUUUGUGUGGGGAAAGUGGUGCCCAGGUUCCAGCCUCGGAAGGGAGCACACUUGAACACGUGCCCAAUCAGGGUUCCGUUGGUCCACCUUCCCCAUCGUCUCGCUCCCCAAUCCCUCGCCCUCCGAUCCCUCAGGAAGGGCUUGUUGGUAACAGGCACAGAACGCCUCAGAUGGCCCAACUGGAGGGUGGCACUGAUGGUACGGCAAGAACCCCCACUCCCACCCCUCCGUCUGGCGAUGGCAGCGAAAACGUCUCCCCUCGACAUUCUGAGGGUGAAGCGGCACAGGCUGAGCCACAAGCCUCGAACUCACCACCACCUGAGAACGCUCCCAGCAGCACAUCUGGAGGUCGAGAGGAUGGGCCAGUUCGUGCCGAACCACAACUCCCUCAUUCCAGCUCACCACCACCUGCCGGCUCACCACCACCUGCCGGCUCACCACCACCUGCCGGCUCACCACCACCAGCCCGCUCACCACCACCUGAAAAUACAAAUGACGGACGGAGGAGUCCUUCCCACGACGCAACCAUUGAGCACAACACGACACUUCGGGCUUCACAGGGCCUCCGCCCAGAUUCAUGGCUUCAACAAGCUCUCAAACGUCUACAAGCCACCGAGGGACCUGAUUGGCGUGAAGCGGUAGACCUGUGGGAGGGUAUUGAGAGAAAUCAGCUCGAGAAAGCUCAACCUGAGGGCACCAAGCAACGCUUCUCCACUGUGAACCGCCCCCCUCAGAUCGCACGAUGGUUCGCCUAUGGGCGAAACUUUACUACUGAUCCCGACAUCUCUGAUAUAGCACAGUACGAGCAGGAGCUGCUCACCUGGUGGGCGUAUCUUCAGCCGGAAUGGCGUACUUCGACAGACCCCCUACUGCUUCCUUUGUAUCACACGCCGGAGGGCCAGAAUUGGAGUGUCCUCAAGGUUACAGGGUCUAACGGACUCCUGAUCGUCAUGAUGGCUUUCGCGUGGUGGGGUAAGGCCGUCGGCCUGUCUCCCUUAUGGCUUACUGCCACAGCCGACUUGAAGCACACCUUGAAGGCCCUAGCAAACCUCUGCGAGGAGACGGGUUCUGUACCCCGGCGUUCAACUAUCAAGGAGCGCAGAGGUGCUGGCACUAACAUUGGAAAAGAAAACUCCACCUUGGCCGGCCGACGCCGCAAACAAGCAGAGGCUGCCCCUCUUGCUCGUGUCUCUAGCAAGCGCCGCAAACAAGCAGACCCUCCGACUGUCCCUCCCACUCGCAUCACACGUAGCUCCGCUGUCCACAAAGUGGACGAUGGGAUGGUAGACGGAUUGGGGACAAAUGUGAUAGAAGAAUCUACUAUCUCACAAUACUAUCUCACAACAGGACUGACCGUGGAAGCCUGA